AGGAACCAAAUAUUCAAUGUCCACAUCCCUCAUCAAUAUAAACAUUAAAUGUAAUUUAUGUUUCACUUCUAACUAACGAAAAUGGGUUCUUUGUAUCGACUUAGUGAUUUCUAUGUGUUUUCGAUUUUCUUGAUCUUGGCACACCAAUGUGAUGCAAAUUUAGCCGAAAAGAUUCGUAAUAGCAAUGAUAGAUUAUUGAGAAAUGUGCAAUCUUACGAAAUGGUACAACCUUACCUUCUUAAUGGGGGUAGAGCCAAACGAGAUAUUUCAACCAAACUGUCGGAUGAGGAUGGCCAUAUGAAAGACGUAACAAUUGUUCUCCCUGGAACAAAAACGCAUUUUAAAUUGGACUUGUCCUUAAAAAGUGAUUUGUUUGGUCCUAACUUUGAAGAACGUUUUGUUACAAAGGAUGGAUCACGACUGGCAAAAACCACCCAUGAAAAUUGUUUUUACCAAGGAACUGUUGCUGGUGCAGAAAAUUCUGAUGUUUCUUUGAGUACUUGUGAUGGAAUAGAAGGAAUCAUCAAAACAAAUAGUGGAACAUACUUCAUUCAACCUUUGAAAUCUCAUGAUAGCCAUUCUGUAGAAAGUCAUAUUUUGUUCAAUGCAGAUGAUUUGAAGCUUAAUGAGGUUACUUGUGGACAUAGUUUGCAUAGAACAACUCCAGGGAAAAAUAUAAAGCAUGUAUUUAAACGUUCAAGUGACUUCCAAACAAGGUUUAAAAGAGAUGUUUUGAGUGAAACGAAAUAUGUGGAGUUUUUUGUCAUAAAUGAUCGCAAACAGCAUGAUAAAUAUGGAGAGAAUGUUACAUUACGAACAAAAACUCUGGUGAAUCAUCUAGACUCAAUAUACCGUGUCCAUAAUAUACGAAUUGCCUUGGUGAGGGUUGAUACAUUAGUGGAUGAAACUAUCAUUUGGACGGGAAUGAAUGCCUCAAUUGGUCUGAAAAACUUCGAAGCAUAUAUAAAAAACAAAUAUGCUAAAGACAAAGGCAAACAUUUUGACAAUGCGCAACUUAUCACAGGUGAAGAUUUCAAAGGAACAACUGUGGGCUAUGCACCCAUACAGACUAUUUGUGAUUAUCAAAGAUCAGCAGCUGUUGUGCAGGACUGGGAUGACCUGGCUGCAGUGACUGCAGCAACUAUGGCACAUGAACUGGGACAUAAUUUUGGAAUGCAUCAUGACCAAACUAAUUGUGAAUGUCCGGAGGAAGAAGGCACAGUCUGCAUCAUGAGUGCUACACUGACACGGAAACCUUCUACGAAAUUCUCAUCAUGCAGUAGAAAUCAACUGAAAGAAACCUUGGAGAAUGGUUAUGGGCAGUGUCUUUUUGAUCAGCCAAUUAAGAUUUACGGCAGUCCCAUUUGUGGUAAUGGUUUUGUUGAAGAGGGUGAACAGUGUGAUUGUGGAACAAAAACGGAAUGUGACAGAUACGGAAACAAAUGUUGCAACUCCACAACUUGUAUGCUUCAUCCUGAUGCAUUGUGUGCUCAUGGCGAGUGUUGUGAUAAGAAUCGCUGUCAGUUGAAAUCUCGAGGAAUUUUAUGUCGUGAGAAAACAGAUGACUGCGAUCUUAGCGAAUAUUGCACUGGUGAUAAUGAACUGUGUCCUACAGAUCAUCAUGUCCACAACGGUAUACCUUGUAAAGACAACGAAGGAUACUGUUAUGGGGGUAUUUGCAGAAGCCUUAAACUACAAUGUCAAUUUUUAUUUGGCAAUGAUGUUCAAGAGGCCGAUGAUCGUUGUUUUCUGAGGAAUAAAGAUGGUAGCCCGUUUUAUCAUUGUCUCAAUGGAGCACAAGAACAACAAGCCUGCAGGGAAGAGGACGUAAAAUGCGGAAGGAUUCACUGUCUUUCAAAUGAUCCUAAUCGAAAACCGAUUCGCGGGCAGAACAGGGGCUCUUCUUGGCUCACGUUCGAUCGAAAAUCGUAUUGCCUUGUUCCUAUCGUAACAUGGAGUGAUGGAAUGGAUCCACAAUAUGUACAAAAUGGCACAAAAUGUGCUGAAGGAAAGAUGUGUUAUAAUGGGAAAUGUCUUCCGGUGAAUGAAACUAUUCCAAUGUCAGCCAACGAUAAAUGUCCUAACUAUUGCUCAGGGAACGGUAUAUGUAACAAUAAAGGCAACUGUCAUUGUUACAAUGGUUACGCAUGCCCAGACUGUAAGGAACGAGGAUCAGGCGGAAGCAGGGAUAGCGGUCAAGGCUGCAUAAUAGCUGGCAAGAAAGGUGGCGGUGGCGUCAAUAUUGUCGCAGCUAUCCUUAUUCCCAUUUUCUUGAUCAUCCUGAUCGGAGUAGCUAUUCUUGUAUACAUACAACGACGAACCAUACGCGAUCGUCUCAGCCAUUAUAAAUUUGUUCGUCGAAACACAAAUCCACCAUCUCGUAAACCACCUGCCAGACAACCUUCGGGUCUGCACUCUGGUCUUAUUUCUAAUCCAACGCUCGUCGAGCAGUCCCCAGCCAACAGGAACGAAAGGCCCGCUAACCGACCGAUAGUUCCAUUGGUGCCAAAAGUGCCAUCGUAUUCGGAGGUAAAUCAGGAGGAACUCGAUCAAGGUGUCCAACCCCCACCACCACCUUAUAAUACGGGUCACAGAACCGUUGCAUUGUUCCCACCCAAUGCCCCACCAGAUGAUGUGUUGUACGAGAACACAAAACCAAAACCUGCCCCUCCUGUUCGUCCAUUACUAAAGUCAAAUUUACCUCGGACACCUUCAGCUCCACCCACAUCCAUCAAUAACAAACCCAAAAUUCCACCAGCUCGACCGAACCCUAACUAUAAAUCUACACCGGACAUAACUGCGCCAGAGAAACCCGUCACGCCUAAACGUCCCAAGGUUGUCCCUCCUCGACCUAAACCUCGAGCAUUUGCCGAUAAAAAUCGGUCUGUUCCGGACCACCUUGACGAGAUCGAAGAUACUGCGCCUACGGCAAAACCAAGAAACGUAGGGCCUCGACGUGGACACCAGUCUGUGCCGUUAUUUGAUCUUCCCGACAAUUCUGAGGACGAAGGUUUUGUUAGACCUUCGGCUGUAAAAGCUAGUCAGGCACGGCCCUUUCCAGCAAAGAGACCAGGGCCGCAAAGAGACCAGGAUGACAACGACAAACAUCGAGUUGAUUUUAGAGCUGGCCUCAGACCUGUUCCAAAACCCUGGGAUAAAUCGUAAAAAAAUAUGAGUAGCUUGACACCCUAUCUAAUGUUUUGAUAGUGUAUUUUUGUUUGGAUACGGAAACUGCGGCCCGUCAAUUUCCAAAAAAAACACAGUGAACCAGAAUCUAGUUCUCUUCUUUUAGUUAGAAAACUUACUAACAAUAUUUUGACAUUGCUGUCCCUUAAUGUACUCCAGUAUCCAUGAGCCCGAAUACGAAAUCUGAUUGGAGGUAAGCUUGAAUAUCGGGGUUACUGCCCAAAACAUAUAAACGAUCGUUUUUUGCCUAAACUUAUACUAAUCUCAAUAAAGUAAUACCAAAUAACGCUAACUUAUAAGUUAUUUUUCUACGAUGUGCUUUUCUAUGAUUUAAGGGGUUACUCCCCUUUAAAUUGAAGUAAAUUUAUUUCAGCACAAA